AUGCUUAGACGACUUUGGCGUAAUCGCCCAGCCAAAUCCAAGAAUGGUCGCCAGGAAGACAAGACUCCCGACUCCAGAAAGACUGCGAUUAAAAGCUUCGGCGCCCAAAAGAUCGAGAUUGCCGAAAAGGAGUUAGAGGGGGAGGAUUUUCAGCAAGGUCGGAACGGUGAGACGCAAAAUAGCCCCGAAGAGCCCCGGCGUUUAGGGGCUUGGAACUGCUUUGGUCGGCUUUCCGGGCCAUGCCGAUGUGGAGGUCUCUGUGGAAGAUGCAGCGAUAGCGACGAAGAUGAAGGGAGGGAAGGGGAGGAAGGGGAGGAAGGGGAGGAAGGGGAGGAAGGGGAGGAAGGGGAGGAAGGGGAGGAAGGGGAUGAAGGGGAUGAAGAAGAACAUGCGUCUCUAACGGCUAAAACAGCGAAAACGACAGAGGCAGCGAAAACGACAGAGGCAGCGAAAACGACAGAGGCAGCGAAAACGACAGAGGCAGCGAAAACGGCAGAGAGAGCCGGAGCACUUGGAGCAGCUGGCUUAGCCCAAGGGGCUCAAGCAGCCGGAGGAGCUGUAGUGGCCGCACAGCCAACUCCAGUGCCAGUUCUACAAUAUCCUUUCGCCUCAACCUCUGCUGCACCCGCACCUCCCACCCCGGUUGCCCCUGCGACACCCCCUGGCCUUGCUCCUGGUCCCGUCGAUACUAAGAACGGGGGAAAAGGAACAAAGCGAGCAGGGAGUUCUUCCCUAGAAGGUGAGCCCCCUCAAAAAAGGCCUCGUUCAAACUCACCCAAAGCGAAGGCAAUCAACCAGGCAUAUGUUGAGUCCGCCGCGAGUUCAGGAGAUAGUUUCCGCAGUAGCUCCAUUCCUUCAUUCGUCUCCCUGGGGACUCCACCUGAUGAAGACCAAAUUGUGGAGUACCGCAGACAAGGAGCCCAGUUUCAAACAUGGAUUUCUGAUCCAAAUGCUCCUGGCUGUACCAUGGAAGUCAAGACUGUUGAGUUGGCAACUUUACUAAACCUUGGAGAACCAUACAACCCUAACAAGCAUGGAAUAAAUCGUCGACGGCUCGAUUCAAAGGUGCUGAACGGACCUAUAGACUUGGGAGAUACUCGAAGAAUUGGAUUAGCACAAGACGAGAAUUAUCGGGACUUCCUAUGGCAAACACCUGCUAUCAACGCCGACGGCAAAGGGCGUUGGAAUGAAUUUAGGCUGUGCAUCGGGAGAGGUUUCAUCUUCUUAGACUCUGUUAAGAGAUACAGCGGGGCGCAUCUGGCAGAGGUCUGCCAAGCGCUGUACGCGGUUGACCACCCGCUUGAAACCUUGAGAUGUGUGUUUGCCCACUAUGUUGUGAACAAUGAGACUCUGCCGCUUGUUGAAAACAUUUAUAACAGCAAGAGAUUGCCGUGGGAUGCCUAUCGUAACACGGAAUAUGAAUGGGAAUGGGGCACCAUUGAGUACCAGGAUAUCAUGGGAACGCAGCUUGCGAGGGCAGUUGCUCGUUUUAUUCUCAUUUCCUUUCCUAGAGGUACGCGCCGCAUUGAGAGAAUAGUGACAUUCGUUGAGAAUGGAUCACUAAUGAUGCGGUUUGAGCUUGACAUCGCCAGUCCAUGA